UUUCAAAUAAUAAAGAUUAUUGACAAAAAUUGCAUAAAAAUGGAUAAAGCUAACCAGGAAAAAGAUAAAAUAUCUUUACAUUCUAAUGAAUCCGAAAAAGAACCGGAAUUUAUACCAACUUUUGGAGAGGAUAUUAUAAAACUCAAACAUUCGUUUGGCUAUGAUUGCAAACGUUUGUAUAAUAUGGUACUAAUUGAUGAUGACACCUUGGUAUUUGCCUCCGGUACAUAUAUACAUUAUUUUAGCAUUUCCAAAAGAGAAGUAACAUUUCGUCAAUCGGUGUUUGGUUGCGGCAUAGGUUUCAUAACGAAAAACUAUCAUCCGGACUACCAAGGUUUACUAACUAUUGGCGAGAAUGGACCCAAUGCUACCGUUUUUAUAUACGAAUACCCCUCACAUGCGGUACGUGUGAAGUUAGAGGGCGCUGCUAAACAGCAAUUUACUUGCGGUUCUUACAAUUAUACUGGAGAAUUGUUUGCCUCUCAAGCCGGUUAUCCAGAUUACAUGCUCACCAUUUGGAAUUGGCAGCAAGCAGAGAUUAUUUUACGUUCGAAAGCUUUUCAAAAUGAUGUCUUACAUGUUCACUUUUCCCAAUUUAAUCCCAUACUAUUGGUUAGCUGUGGCUUAAGUCACAUAAAAUUUUGGAAAAUGGCGAAAACUUUUACGGGUCUUAAGCUGCAAGGCGAUUUGGGGCGUUUUGGUAAAACCGAUUUUAGUGAUAUUUAUGCCGUUUACAUGUUAGAUGAUGAGAAUGUCAUAUCAGGCUGUGAAUGGGGCAAUAUGUUGCUGUGGGAGGCUGGUUUGAUAAAGUUUGAAAUAUGUCGCAAGGGUCGAAGACCUUGUCAUAGUAAACCCAUAGUUCGUAUUACCAUGAAUAAUGGUGAAGUCACUACUGUUGGCAUGGAUGGUUAUGUUCGUAUUUGGUUUUGGGAAACUGUGGAUUUGGCUGAUCCACCCGAUGAUGAUCGAUUUGUGGAAAUUGAACCGAUUUUUGAAUUUUAUGUGGGAGAAUGUGAAAUACGUAUGAUACAGAAAAUUAAAUUGUUUGAUGACAAGGAUUAUGGUUAUUAUGCAUUGGAUGGUGAUGGAGGUAUUUGGUAUUGUGAUCUCAAUACCAGCGAUAUCCCUAAUGAUUCCUAUAAACUUUAUUCCUGCCAUGGUGGUAAAGUUGUAGCGGCCCAAACUAGUCCCGUUUCUCCGCACCUCAUGACCCUAGGACAAGAUGGUCGUCUUUUAGUUUACGAUUAUCUAUUCGAAAAGAUGAUUUUGGAAAAGAAAUUCGAAGCUUUUGGUACAGAUCUAAUAUGGUUUAGUCCCAAUGUAUCAGACUCCAGUAUGGAAUUAGUAGCUAGCUUCGAAGAUGGCUUCAUAAGACACAUUUAUCUAGCUCUAACACAGCCUAAUAAGCCGGCAAUACAUUUAAUACGACCCAUAAAAGCUCAUACGGCUGCUGUCACUAGAAUGACUGUUAACUCUUUGAACACACUGCUGUUGACGGGCUCAGUAGAUCACACUAUAUUUAUGUACGAUUUGUCGGAGAAAAAGGAUGCCUUUAUAUAUUUACGUCCCAUGGGUUUUAUAGAAUUUUCAGCCAUACCCAAUUGUUUCUAUUGGAAAGAUCCGAAUCAUACUAUCCUUAUAGGUUGUAAAUCGGGUGAAGUUUUUGAAUAUAAAUUACCCCUAGAGGUAACGGAGGAGGAGACAUUUUUAAGUUACAAUCUAACUAAUAAAAAUGAAAUAAAAACUUCGAAAUUUGUUUCAAUCAAAAGUUCCAUACGGCGUGAUAUAAAAAGAGCUGCCACCAAAAAGCGCAAAGAUAAAAAGAAACAAAGAAAAUUGAAAGAAAUUGAAAAGUUAAAGGCAGCAAAUCCGGGUUUACAAAUUGAUAUGGAACAAGCUUUAGCCGAUUCUGAACCGGAUGAGGAAGAGGAGCCCUUACAUAUACCAGCUGUGCCCAAUCCAGUAUUAUGGAUACGUUAUACGUCUGAUAAUACUAUAUGGGUUUCUAUGGGUGGUUAUGAUGCUGGUUAUAUAUAUGAAUUAACCAUUGGAUCUAAUAUGCCUGUCCGUAGUACUAUUAUUAAGGAAGGCGAUGAUAUAGAAAUACAUUCUUAUUUGGAUAUUGAAGAAUAUCUUCUUUUCGGCAUGAUAAAUGGCAAAAUUCGCAUAAAUCAAAAGAAUACGAAUGAUUUUACCGAUUUGCGAAAUUAUCGUUUAGUUAAUAUGCAUGAUCCCAUAAAUGGCAAUAUACCCUGUCUGAUACUAAGUCAAGAUGGUAAAUUUCUCUUUAGUAUUGGACACGAUGGUAAUGUUUUCGUAUACGAAUGGCAUGGGCCACAGGUCAUGAUUGAAAAAUCAAAAAAUGUCUUAUUAAUGCCGAAAAAAGUAGUGCCCGCUGAAGAUAUUAAUAAUCCGGAACAUCCUUCAUUAGAACAGGAAAAAAUCUAUGCGGAAAUUAAACGACAAGAGGAAGCCGCUGCUGCACAUGAUCGUAAGGUUCUGACGGAAAUUGGGGUGUUACAAAAGAAAUUCGAUGAACUGUUGCUGGCCAAUGAGGCAAUGCAUGAAGAUUUGCGAAUACCGCAACGUGAACUUUUAUUAGAUGAAAGAAUUACGAAUCAAAUUAAAGGUGAAUUGCAGGCAGAAUUGGAUGAUGUGCGUGAGGAUUUGGCUUAUGAUUUGGAGGUGGCACAAGUUGGCAAACAAAAGUUGUAUGAUUAUUUCUUUAAGAAACUGGAUCAUAUACCUAUUAAGAUAUCUGGGAUAGGGGAAAACUCAUUUGUAUAUACUUUUCGUGUGGAACGAUUGGAUGAUAAUUUUGAAGCUAUUAAGGCUGAUAUAGAGGAACGUCUCAGAUUAGAAGCUUUAAAAAGAGUACCGGUUCAACUAAUGUUGGCCGAGGAAAAGGAAGAAAGUAUGCCGGAACCAGCUACCGAAACUUUUUUCUUUGGCCGUGAUCCCAAUACUAUAAUACCACGUUUCAGUCGCAAAAUGUUGCGUUUAUUAAGAAGUUAUCGCUCUCGUCAAUGGUACGAAGUCGAGCGUAUGUAUCAUUGGGAGAAAAUGGUUAAACAGAAACCAGAUCCCAAUCGUAAUCAUCCCGAUGAUGAUCAUAAAAUUCAAGAAGCAGAAAAAAGUAUAGGAGAUUAUAAACUUAAAACGGGUCAGGAGUAUGAACCGCAACCAUUUGAAACCUUGACUUGGAAAUACAAAGAAAUUGUAACACUCCGGGAACGUUUAAAUGUAAUCAUUACUCAAUUCAAUGAUAAAGUUUUAAAGCUAAGAGAAGAGAAAAAGGAGCUUUAUAAAUGUAUUGAGCAAAAACGCAAACGUUUGGAGGAAAUCCACUCAUAUUUGCCGGCGAAGAAUCGUAAAUCUUUAAUGGAAAUACCAACACUCAAUAUGGAUGAAGAAUGGCCGGAAUUGAAUAUGAUUGAACAUUGCAAUCCCGGCUGUAAUAUUGAAAUUAAGGAUAUUCUUUACCUGGAUAAAACGGUAGAGAGUCUAUUGCCUCAGCCUCCACCACCUAAAGUUAAGGCCACCAUGACCCAAGUGGCUCUACACGAAUUGGAAAAGUACUUGGCUUUAGAUAUCAAAAGCGUUGAAUGUUUUCCAGAUGGCCUAGAACUUAUCGAUGAACUGCAAAAGUUACCUCAUCAAGCUGAUCCACUUUACUAUGACAAUACCGGCGAUACACCUCCACCCUGGCUUAUAGAAAUACGCUAUCGUUGGCUAAUGGAUUUGAUGGUGGAACAAGAGGGCAUACUGCAUACGGUACACACCAAUAUACGUCUCUUUGAUGCUCGUUUGCGGGACUUGGACAACGAACGUUUACAUACCAAAUUCGAGGUGGAAUUUAUGACCAGCUAUUUAAUCGCUCUCAAUCAGGAAUUAUACAUCUUACGUGAUAGUGAAGAAAUUGAGAAUAGAUUGCUGAAUAAUGCCGAAGAAGCCAUGAAAAUACGAAAUCAGGCCCAAGCUUCUAUUAAUAGUUUAAAUCGUCAAAUAGAAGAGUUACGCAAGAAUUGUGAUCGCAUUAAUGAACAAAUCUCUUCGGUUCAAGUUAAGUUUAUGAGUACCACCAAGGGUCAUAAGUUCUUUGAUUUUUUGCGUCGCAUUUUCAAGAAGAAAUGGCGAGCACCCAAAGCGGUUAAAGGACCAGAUGAAUCCUCUGAGUCUUCCUCUGAAGACGAAUCUACCAGCGAGGAAGAGGACGAUAGCAAAAGUAUUGAUUCAGCCGAUAUGACUACCAUAAUUUUAGAUGAAUCCCAUUGUCCGUCUGGUCUAGAAAAACCAUUGUAUGAAUUGGCCUUCAAAUUACGCUCUGAUAGACACCAAUUAGAACGUGCUUUAGACGAGGCGCUUAAAGAAAUCGAAUUGAAAAAGGAUGAAGUUAAACAGGCACAAAAACUAAUGAAACAUCAUACCGAUAUUUAUACACAGGAAAAUGAAACGUUAUUGGAGUUCAGACGCAAACGUCAACAGGAAUUAAAUAAGGUGUAUGUAUCCGUUAUACUACACAUGCAUCAGAUACAACAUUUUCGUGAAGGCCAGGAUUAUCGUGAUCUUAGCAAGGCUGUACUAUUCGAUUCUUCCAUUAUAAUGGAUCUGCAGGAACGGGUAGAUCAAUUAAAUUUGGAGACAUUGGAAACUAAACGUUUGCAUCGCAUUAAUAUUGUACAUUUGCGUCGCAUGAAUACCGAUAUCAAAUUUAUGCGCUCCGAAAUCACUCGUCUAGAGGAAGAGAUUCGCCAGGAAAUGAUGAAAAAAUUUGGUAUGGUCAUUAAUUUGGACGAAUUGGAGGAAGAAGUUUUGCGUAAAUAUGUUUUUGAAUUAGAAACUACGGCUGAAGAAGAAUUGCGUUUAUUGGAAUUGGAAAUGGCAAAGAAAAAGAAAGAAUUAGCCCUUGCUCAAGAAGAACUUAUAGUGGAAACUCAAAGGAAUUCCGAUAAGCUCAAUAUUUUGGCCGUACUUACAGAAGAAAAUUCAUAUUUAGAAAAAGUAUUAAUCAAUCAAGAGAAAAAUUAUGAAAAAUGGUUAAAACCACCAAAUUUAAACUUGGAUCGAGAUAUAGAAAAGCUAAUGGUUAUCGAUCGUGAGCAAAAGGAACAAAUAAAGUUCCUGGAGAGAGAAAUUUGCACUUUACGCAUGAAAUCGAAACCAUUACAAAUAGACGGCGAAACUGAAGCAGCAGAAGUUGUAAUUCAUCAUGAAAUGAUACCCAACGAUGAUGUUCAAGUUUGUCCUGAAAUCUUUAAUGCAGAGGCCUUCCAAAGUCGUUUGGUACCGGACGACUUUAUAAUGGAACGUUGUCAGAAAGUAGUGCAAAAACUAUUCAUGCAACAUUUCGGUAAAAUGACCAGCAAGGAAAAUGUCCGACGUUAUGCCUAUAAAGUGACACGUUAUUUGGGUCAAGCUGCGUAUAGUUUUGAGGGCAAUGUUACCGAUAAUAUUAUGGAUUGCAUUAUUGAGAAUUUGCAAAAUUUAAUACCAAAAAAGUAUCUAAUGCUAUUGUGUCGUGAGGAUUUACAGAGAAUGUUUAAUGAAAUACUGGGUGUAUUUGAUUAUGAACGUUCGGAUGUUAAUACCGAAGAUGUUGUAUCGGGUAUUUAUGAUAAUGCUAAGCUAGCUUUAAAUCAAGCUACCGGGGUGUUGAAUAAGCAACAAUUUAUAUUGAUCCAUAUGUUUAAAGAACUGAUAGAGGUUCUACCUUUGGAGGAGUUCCAAAGUGAUGAUACAGUACAUUUUAUUGUAGAUAACUUGGAAAAGGAAGUUUCUUUUGAUGGGCGUGGCAUAAAUAUUGAAGGUUUAGUUGACAAAGUAGUGGAGUAUGCCAAAAGCAAUUUGUUGGAUACUAUAACAGCUAUACCUAUACGUCAACUGGCGGUAAGGGUACAAAAAGAAUAUUCAAAACGUAGACCCAGUAACGCAAUAGCUGUUAGAUGCUCUCUGGGUUCAGUGCACAGCGUUUCGGUUAAAUCGAAAGGUAAAUCACAAAGUACUUUAUAAAAUGUACUUUUAAAAUAAAUAUAUUUAUUGGGAACAAA